AUUUAUAAAUAGACAUUACCGAAGGCUGCCUGAUGGGGAAGUGGUUGUUUAGUAAAUCUUUCUCCUUUAAGAAUCCAGGAUCUGAAAUCAUUUGAAAAGACCCGUUUCGUUUUGUUUUUGUUUUUGUUUUUUGGUGUGUGUGUGUCUGGAGCUGCCAGGUUGCCUCAAGUCUGCCUUAUUGAUAUUUCUCUCUGCCAGAUUUAGGGACAGGCCUUGGAGAUUUUUAAUCACCUUUAUAUGGAGCCCAAAGACGAUGAUGACGAUGAUGUUUCUUUUGCCAAAUGGAUGAGCAGCUUCUGGGGUCAUAACUGGGUAGAAGAGAGUGAGAGGGGACUUCGGGACCACCGUCGCAGAUCACAAGACGCCGGUUACAGGAAAACCUCCCUGCCCUGUCCAUUUUCUGAGCUUUCCAGAAUCCCAUCAUCUGACAGUCGUUCUAGGAGGCAUUCUCAUGAAGAUCAGGGAUUUGGAUGCCAUACCCAUGUGGGGGAUUUUAGAAAAUGCUCAAAGGAUGAGUCAUUCAAGGAGCCAUUGGAUUCAAAAGGAAGAUCCCAUCCCAAAAUUCCAGUAUUUUCGGAGUCCUCUGACCGUACAGUGUGUUUUAAGACCAAGCGCUCUGUCUCUCUGGGCCAUGAAAGCAGAAAGGAAAGAAAAGAAAGAGAAGGGCUCUUGGUGGAGACAAGGGCCCGCAAGAAAGUGGAGGAAAGGAGUUCUAGGAAGGAAGAAGCCCGAGAGGCCUCCAGACCCCGCUUGUUUGAAAGAGGGCCUAAGUAGUACUGGGUUUCCAACUCACAACUACAGGCGCUGCUGUGAUUUUUGAGUCCGGGUACACGGUGCACCCGGCCAGUGGGGGGCAGCGGUGGUCAAGGAGUGUAUGCAGAUGCUGCAAGUCUGAACUGGAUGGUUGCUUCGGCUGCUUCCCAAAAUAGUGUCUAACAUCCUCCAACGGCUUCUAGCAUAUUAGCUGAGAGCAUGAUCUGCUUUGUUGCCCUUUUAUGGGAAGAAUAAGAAUCAAGGUUAUUUUAAUAAAAUAAAAUCAUUCUGGAAACUGUGAAGAGAGAUAUUUAAAGAGCCACCCACACAUCUUCACCCACCCUUCCACGUCAACCCCACAAAUAAUCUUAAAUAAAAAUCAUUGCUGUGACUCUAACCUUGCUCUUCAAUUAGAAAUAAUUGUGAAGGUAUGUCUAAUGGCCACCAUUUAAUGAGAACUGAUCA